ACAGCCGAACGUGGUGCGGACUCAUGAGAGUGUUUGUAAACAAUUUAAGGUGAGAUGUUAAGUAAUCCUUAGUCUACGACCACAACAAAUACGGUUAUUGCAUCAUUUUUAAGACGUCGUCUUAUCUUGUCACCUGAGCUGCAUUCGGUAGAGAGGCACAGCAAACUGGAGUCGGUAAAACUUCUUCACAUUGCACAAGAAUUCAGUAGAUCUGAAUUACCUCUCCCUCUUGGAUGUGAGGGAUGUUGAAGCUCACUUUUUCCUGAACUUUUUUAAUCGAUAGGAUGACAGAACCGAUACCGUCUUAAUUAAUUAGCCACUCUAUAUAUAUAUAAAACAUCUGCACAGAAUACAUCAUUCAAUACAUAGUGUCAUCUUCAGCGAGUCAAGAUGCCCUGGCCAUUCUCGGAGUCCAUAAAAAAGCGGGCAUGCAGAUAUCUUCUGCACCGGUACUUGGGAAAUUUCCUCCAGGAGAAGCUUAGUCUUGACCAGCUGAGUUUAGACCUUUAUCAAGGCACUGGAUCACUAGCACAAGUGCCAUUGGACAAAUGGUCACUGAAUGAGAUCCUGGAAUCAGUGGAUGCCCCUUUCGAAGUCAUCGAGGGCUUCAUCCAGACAAUCUCUCUCACUGUUCCGUGGGCCGCCCUGCUUCAGGAGAACUGUGCCUUGGAGGUCAAAGGCCUAGAGAUGGUGUUCAGACCGCGGCCUCGUGUGGCUUCAGGUAUGGAGCCCAUGUGCUGGUCCAGCUUCAUGACAAGCAGCAUGCAGCUAGCCAAGGACUGUCUGAGCCAGAGACUGACUGACGAUCUGGGAGAGAGUUUCCAGCCACUUGAGGGCUUGGAAAAGUUUGCAGAAACAAUUGAAACGGUUCUACGCAGAGUCAAAGUUACGUUUGUGGACACAGUUCUCAGAAUUGAACACGUUCCAGAGAAUUCGAAAACAGGAAUUGCUAUAGAGAUCCGAAUAAACAAGAUUGUUUAUUGUGACGAGACCGACGAGGAGAGUCCCAGUGUCAACGUGCACCAGCCCACCACGUUUGCACAUAAGAACCUGCAGAUGGAGGGAGUCAAGAUCUUCUGGGAUGAAUUCUCUGAAACGGCCAGAGCUGGUUUCAAAUCUUCACCUACCCCAGCCGAGACUGAGGCCAAGCUCUCCCCCAGCUGGAACCCCAGGAUCAUCUGUGAACCACAUCCCCAGUUCACCGAGCCCAUGUCCUCCGCUAUGCCCUCUGAACCCAUGCAGAUUGGCAGUUUGACUGGCAAAAUUGAGCUGUCUCUCACACUGAAACAGAACCAGACCAUGCCUGGAGCAAAGCUGGAUGUUGUUGGACAAAUUGACACCGUUGUCAUGCUGCUAUCCCCACGGCAAGUUCAUCUCCUUCUGGACAUGUUUGGAGUGUUCUCAAGUCCAGGCGGACAGGAGUGGACAAAAGACAGGAAGAGCCGUCCCAUGCAGCAGGAAGAUGAGUAUCGUCUCCACAUGGAGCUAAACCGAUGCCUAAAAAAAGACUCCCCAUUGACCGGAACAGAACCGGACUUCUUUGAAAGCCAGACCGCUAGAACUGUGUCUAGUCGAGCAGAGGAUGUGUUCUUCUCCAUGGCUGACAUGGAGAUGUCCCACAGCCUGUCGUCGCUCCCCCCUCUGGGGGACCCCCCCACUGUGGAUCUUGACCUGUCACUCAACAGCAACUACUCAGCCUCCCCAGGGGAGUCUCCUUCUGGGAACGUCACAACUCUCUGGGAUGAGUACCUGGACGUGCCCCGUCAGAGAGAGAAGCCCACUCAGGAGACUCCCUUCCUAACACACAAGCUGCUGAGACAGACCUCCCAUUCCUCCAAAACACACGGUGAUGAGUCCAGGCCAGAGCUGGUGUUGAGGCUGUCUCUGGGUAGCCUGGCCGUGUCGGUCCUCCACAUCGACCCCCUGCCUCCGCCCAACGCUGCCCCCAGCCCACUGGCCCCCAUGGCUGCUGGCUUCUUCCGCUUGGUCGGCCCAGACCACCUCCCCCCUGCGUCGUUCAUUCAGUCCCGGGCCGUGUUCGACAUGGCCUGCCCCCACGACCACCUCAGGUUUGUGGGCCAGGAUCUGAAGGUGAGCUAUGAGCACUGCCAGGGCUCCAGCCUGCGUACCUUCAGCACUGACGUCUCCCUGGGCCAGAUGGAGCUGCUGGAGUGCCUGUUUCCCUCUGAGAACCUCAGCUCAGCCUCCCAGAGGAGGGCUCAGUACACUGAGCUGUUGACAUUCGACACCACCAGCAGCGCUGACUCGUCACCUGCCACCUGCCUGCACCUGCUCUACAAACUGGCUGAGCGCAGAGGGCCUCAGGGCGGCCAGGUGCGUCUGAGCAGCAUGCCCAGGAAGGCAGAGAUCCAGGUAGAGCUGGGACAGGUGCGCUCAGAGCUGGACAUCAGCAUCGUCGACCGCCUCAACUCCCUGCUGCAGCCGCAGAAACUGGUCACCACGGAGAUGAUGUCCUCACACAUGUAUACGUCCUACAACAAACACGUCAGCUUGCACAAAGCCUUUGCGGAGGUCUUCCUUGAUGACAGCCGCACCCCAGCCAAUUGCCACGUGUCACUAACGGUCAACGCUCCUGUCCUGAGCCUGGUGGUUCGAUUCCCUAUCCCGGACCUGCGGUCCGACCAGGAGAGAGGCCCGUGGUUCAAGAAGUCUCUUCAGAAGGAGGUGCUGUACCUGGAGCUGGAGGACCUGGAGGUGAAGACUGAGUUUACAGGAGGCAGCUGCCCAGAGCAGACCAAGAUGGAGCUCACCUUCAGAGAGCUAGUUGGGAAGUUCCAGGAGGAGCCAGAGCUUCCAGCAGCCAGGUUCCUCAAAGUGUCCCACACCAUGGAUGGAGACAUGACCACGUCCUCUGACAGUGGCAAGUUUGACUGGCCCAGGGUGGUGCUGAAGGUGAACCCCCCCGCGGUGCACUCCAUCCUGGAGAGAGGCACCGCCGAGGAGGACGAGGGGGCAGAGGACAACUCCCCGGAGGAGGAGGAGGAGGGGGAGGGGGCCGCCCACUCCCUGAAGGACGUCUGUGACUUUGGGAAGCCCGAACCGUCGCCUUUCUCCUCGCGAAGGGUCAUGUACGAGAACGAAGAGAUGGUGAUACCUGGCGAUGUGGCUGAGAUGACUGAGUUCCAGGAGAAAACCAUGGGAAACUCCCGGUUCAUCCUGGAGCUCUGCUUUCCCAACGUACAGCUGUCGUUACACAGCAAGGCCUUCUACGAGAAACUACACAACAGGAUAAACAACGACCUGUUGCUAUGGGAGCCGACGGCUCCGUCGCCCGUGGAGACGGUGGAGAACAUGCCAUACGGAGUGGGUCUGUCGGUGGCCAGCCAGCUCAUCAACACGUACACCAAGGACAGCUUCAGCCCCUUCCGCUCCACCGGACCUGAGGAGGAGGACAGCGGCUCAGAUGAGGACACCAUGCAGUACUACUCCCCGGCCUCUGACCUGGGCCUCAGGUCCCGGCGGAGGAAGAAGCCCAAGACCCACAACAAGAGCUCCCAGAGCCUGUUCUCUGUCAUCCUCACAGUCAACCACGGCCUGGUGGCCCUCCAGACCUCCGCCAAGAAGGAGGAUAAGACCGUGCUGGAGAACAGACACGGGGAGUUCUGGUUGGAGGUGAAGAACGGAGUUCUCUUCAGCGUCACCCAGUACGAGGGCUACAAAGAUCAACACUACAUCUGCUUCCACACCAGUAACAUCUGCCUGUAUCACCAAGGACUGAUAGAUGGGGACACCCCUGUAGCUGACGUCAAGCUGCCUUGCAGGACGCGUCCUCAUUGGCUGGAGCCAGCCAUCUACCCCUCGGAGACGGUUCCUGAUAGGACGUCCCCCUCGGAGGGGAUUGGCCUGGAGGCCCACAGCAUGCUGUCUGUUGCCGUCAAGAUCUCCUCUCAGAACAUGGACCGUAACGUCAAGGAGUUCCUGAUCGCUGUGGGAGUGAGAGGAGCCACGCUCCAGCACCGUGUAGUCCACCCCAGCCUGGGCUGGUACGACCAGAUUGUGGACUUCCUGAACGUGUCUGACGAGCCUGUGUUGGGAUACACGCCUCCUUCCUCUGUCACGACCCUUCACCUGCACCUGUGGAGCUGCUCUCUGGACUACAGGCCGCUGUACCUGCCCCUGAGGUCUCUGCUGCUGGUUGAGACGUUCAGCAUCUCCAGCAGCGUGUCUCUAGACCGCUCCUCCUCCACGCUCCGGAUCAUUCUGGAUGAAGCUGCGUUGUUCCUGUCCGAAAAGUGUAACGCCGUUUCUGUGAACCUGGCGAGAGACUAUGUUCAGGUUGUAGACAUGGGCACUCUGGAGCUGAGGAUAACUGCUGUCAAACCAGGCCUGAACGGAGAGCUGACGGAGCCGAGAUUUGAGCUACGCUGCUCCAGUGAUGUCAUCCACAUCAGGACGUGUUCAGACUCCUGUGCGGCUCUCAUGAACCUCAUCCAGUACGUGGCCAGCUACGGAGACCUGCUGCCCCCUGCAGGAGUGGAGGUCAGGUGCAGCGGCUCCAAAUACAGAACCAAGCCGGAGGCCCCCAGCCGGCCCCCCUCCCAGGCCCCCCUGCUGCCCGAGGCGGAGCAGCAGUUGCUGCAGGAUCUGAUGAGCGAGGCCAUGGAGGACACAGACAGCCAGCACGCCCUGGGCCUGCAGCACAACGGACUUCAUGAGGCUCAGAAUCUGGACCUGGACCCUCCCCGCUCUGACCUGUUCCUGUUCCCGGACGAGAGCGGGAACCUGCCGCAGGAGUCCAGUCCCACCUACCCCACCUACCCCACGCUUCACUCCCCCCUCAUCACCCCCAUCCCCAAACUCACCCAGGAGGCCGACGACUUCUGCAUCCUUGAGACUCCCAGCUCCAGAGCCGAGGACAAGGACCAGGAGCCGGUGGUUCACAAGCUGACCGGCGACACCAUAGAGGUGAAAGAUGAUCACUUCAGCCAGCCCCUGACCAGCAGCGACUCCAGCAGGGUCACCCUGAACUUCCCCAUCCCAGAGGUGCGCUACCUCAUCAGGGAGAUCUCUGUGGUCUGGCACCUCUACGGAGGGAAGGACUUUGGAGCCUCGGCGUACGCCUCCUCUCCAGCCAGAAGCAGGGGGUGCACGCCUCACAGCUCCCCGUCCCAGACCCCGGUCAGGCAGGGCCGGGCUGGGGGAUGCCCCGGGGGAGGGCGGGGCAGGAACCCGGAUGUCCUGAUGGAGAUCCAGCUCAGCAAGGUGAGGUUCCAACACGAGGUUUACCCUCAGGUGACCCAGGUGGCUUGUGGGUCGGCGAUGGACCAGCCCGUGUCUCGGCAGGUCUUCAUCGUCCAGGACCUGGAGAUCCGAGACCGCCUGGCCAGCUCCCAGAUGAACAAGUUCCUGUACCUGUACACCAGCAAGGAGAUGCCCCGCAAGGCCCACUCCAACAUGCUGACGGUAAGAGCCCUGCACAUCUGUCCUGAGAUGGGCCCGGCGCCGCAGGAAUGCUGCCUACGGAUCUCUCUGAUGCCCCUCCGCCUCAACAUCGACCAGGAUGCCUUGUUCUUCCUGAAGGACUUCUUCUCUAGCCUCGCUGCUGAGGUGGAGCUGUUCUCUCCCCCGGACCAGGAAGCCCUGUAUGUGUCCAUGAAGAAGCCUCCUACUCCAGAGGUGUCCUGCAGCUUUACCAAGCACGGAGGGGCCAGCCAGGAACCGGCCCCCAUCAUCUCUGUUCCUACCCAGAGCCGCGCCAGUCAGAACGGGCUGGCUGCCUCGGGCAGCGAGGACCCUGGAGAAGCUGAUGCUGCCACUGCCUCGUUCACAGACCAACCCAUCUUCUUCAGAGAGUUCAGGUUUACAUCUGAAGUACCGAUACGCCUGGACUAUCAUGGGAAACAUGUUUCAAUGGAGCAGGGAACAUUUGCAGGGAUUGUAAUUGGGCUGACACAGCUAAACUGCUCCGAGCUGAAACUAAGGCGAUUGUGUUAUAGGCAAGGGCUGCUAGGUGUGGAUAAGCUCUUCUCCUUUGCUAUAAACGAGUGGCACAAUGACAUCAGGAAGAACCAGCUGCCAGGACUGUUGAGUGGCGUUGGGCCCAUGCACUCCCUGGUCCAGCUGGUCCAGGGCUUCAGGGAUCUGGUCUGGCUGCCGAUAGAACAGUACCGGAAGGACGGCAGGAUCGUCCGAGGGUUCCAGCGUGGAACUGCCUCCUUUGGAACCUCGACCGCAAUGGCUGCUCUAGAACUCACCAACCGCAUGGUCCGGACCAUCCAGGCAGCAGCAGAGACGGCCUACGACAUGGUGUCCCCAGGACCCGAUGAGCGAGAGACGAAGAGGGUGAAGCGUUUUUCUCAUUACCGAUUGGCUCAUCAGCCAGUUGACCUCCGCGAGGGCGUCGCCAAAGCCUACACCGUUGUAAAAGAGGGGAUCACCGACACAGCGCUGACCAUCUACGACACGGCUACUCGUGAGCACGAGCAGCGGGGGAUGACUGGGGCGGUGGGGGGGGUCCUGCGACAGCUUCCCCCCGCCGUGGUCAAGCCCCUCAUCAUGGCCACCGAGGCCACUUCCAACGUCCUGGGGGGCAUGAGGAACCAAAUCCACCCCGACGCGAGGCAGGAGGAGUCUCAGAAAUGGAGGCAAGGGGAGGAGUAAUGGGCCCACUGACUGGACCGACUAAACUGACAUCAGAACCAACCGCCAUUUUAAAAACAGGCCAACUGACCCUCAGCUUAAGCUUGGCUCCUCAAGCUACGCCUGUGUGCACAAUUCUGGAAGGACCUGGUGCUGAUUUAUAGUCUUUGCUGGUGUGAAUAAAACGAAAGUCAUCUCAUAGGCAAUUUGAACUAGAAUCAGAAUUGCUGUGCCUUCAUGGUUAAAAUAUACAAUCACACUAUGAUUUGUUAGACAAGGGGACUUUGCAGCAAGGGUAAUGUAUGAAGAUAGAGUUUAGGCCACUGUACCCUGUAGUUCUACAGUAAAUCAUAUUUUUAAGGGUAUGACUGGCUCUUUGAAUGUGACAACAGUCUUUGAUAAACGAUGAGGAAAAAAGACUUUGGUGUCUAAUGAAGACGACACGAGUUUAAAGUACAAUUCUUUGCAGUAUUUUAAAAUUCCUGGUACAACUAGUCUAUUGCAAUUGGUUAUUAUCGUUAUCUUAUGUCAAAUAAUUUCUUAGAUAAGCUGUAAACUAAUGUAAUAUCACGUGUAUGUUAUGUAUGUAUUUUAUGUUUGUGUGGGCACUGUAAUUAACAAUAUGUAACAUUUCAGGCAAAUUGUAAACAGUCAGCAUUGUAAAAUACAUUUCAGUGAUACGUACCAAUUUAUGACAUGGUCACAUGUGACUAGUACAUAGAUAAAUAGAACAAUUAUGUAAAAGAUAGGCCUAUAUAGAAUUACUUCACUUUAAAACUCACAAUUGGAAAUAGUUUUUGCCAAACGUUUUAUGGCACCAAUUCCACUUUUAUUUUUACGGUUGUUUGUCAAAUACUUUUCCUCUCCACAUAUAUAUAUAUAUAUUUCAAAAACACACCAUUUCUAUUUCUACAUAUUUGGUGUCACCUAAGUCUUAAAAACCAUGUUCAUGUUGAACCUUUUUAGUCAACUUGUGUGGUCACGCUAUUUCUAAAUUCACAUCAUGUCACAUGUUGAAAAAGGAAGACAUUGUUUAUAUGUAGGCUAACUCAUUGGUAAUUGUGGAAAAUAAGAAUAUCGUUUAUUGUACAUAUGUGUACAGUUAACUUUCGGAAUUUGUAUUAAAAGCAUGACAUGUUUAUUAAAAGGGAAAUAAAUAUUUAAAGUCCACAAAUGUUAAGAGCUAAUCA